UUUGGUUGUAUUAAGAUUCUGAUAGUUACAAUACCUAAUGUAAUCUUAUAGCAAAUAAAGAUGCAGCCCGAAAAUGUAAUUUUAGUCGUGUUUUUGAGUUGUGUCGUGCUUCCCUUUUCAACACCCCAAAAAGAUCUUGGCUUAUGCUCACAGGUUUACCUCAUGCAUCAUUAUUGCACGAGUCAACAAAUCGGCAAUAUUGCUAAGGAGAAUUUAGGGAGCAGUCGUAGCGAGGUUCGAGUGGGUAAAGCAGGGCCUCCUGGACCGCCAGGGCCGCGAGGAGAAGCAGCAGUGAUAAACUACACAAAUAUAUUUGCUAAAAUGGAACAGAAGUUCAAUGAUCUCAAAUUGGAGUUUGAUGAAAAAUCAUUGAUGUAUGACGAGAUGGCUGAGCAAACAAAGAGGAAUCAGAUUUUAAUUGAUGAACUUCAAAAAAAUAUCAUUCAACUAACAAUCGUGGAUUGCCAAACCGUGAAGCCUGAAUACGCAAAAUCAACUGAUAAAAAAGGAGGGGUGUACGAUAUUUUCAGAAAUAACAAACGUUACGAAGUAUAUUGCGAUCUUACUACGGAUGAUGGAGGAUGGAUCGUGUUUCAGCGUCGUCAAGAUGGUUCGGAAAAUUUUUAUAGAAAAUGGAAUGACUACGCUAAGGGAUUUGGAAACAAAACAGGCGAAUUUUGGUUAGGUCUAGACGCUUUGCAUGCAUUGACACUUGAAGGAGAAUACGAAUUGCGAAUUGAUCUUUUGGAUAAAGAAGGUAACACAGCAUACGCCAAAUACAGCACAUUUUCCAUCGGAGCUAUAUCUACCAAUUACGUGUUGAAUGUAGGAGGUUACAGUGGGACUGCUGGUGAUGCUAUGGCGUAUCAGAAUGGAAUGCCGUUUUCAACACGAGAUCAAGAUAACGACAAAUGGAGUUUGCAUUGCGCAGAUUUCACAAGAGGAGGAUGGUGGUUUAAUGGCUGUAUGCAUUCUCAUUUAAAUGGAAACUACGACGGAGAAGGCAAUACACAGGCCGGUUCUGCUGGGUUGUACUGGGAGUAUUGGAAAGGCUCUGGUUAUUCCCUUGGAGGUUCUACAAUGAUGUUUCGUAAGAAGUAGUUUCUAUAAUCAGCGAUCGAAGCAGCUGGAAAUGGAAAAGUCAAUUUUAUUAAAUUUUCAUUAGUAUAUGUAAUAAGCAGACUUAUGUAUAUCUUUAUCGCUUAUAUGUAUAGUAAAUGUAAUCAGUCAAGUUUCUGUUUAAUGCAUUAAAUAGGAGU